AAAAUCCGCACCAUCGAACUGGACGGCAAAACCGUGAAGUUGCAGAUUUGGGACACCGCCGGCCAGGAACGAUUCCGAACCAUCACAUCUUCUUACUACCGAGGUGCUCACGGUAUCUGCGUCGUCUACGAUGUGACAGACAUGGACUCUUUCAACAACGUCAAGCAGUGGCUGCAAGAAAUCGACCGUUAUGCCACGGAGGGCGUCAACAAGCUUUUGGUUGGUAACAAGAGUGAUAUGGAGGACAAGAAGGUUGUUGAGUACACUGUCGCCAAGGAAUUCGCCGACAGCUUGGGCAUUCCUUUCCUGGAGACCUCCGCCAAGAGUGCCUCCAAUGUCGAACAGGCAUUCUUGACCAUGGCCCGACAGAUCAAAGAACGGAUGGGCACUGCUACAGUCAACAACAAGCCCACGGUCCAAGUUGGCCAGGGCCAAGGAGUCCAGUCGGGCUCUGCCAGCGGUUGCUGCUAA